GUGUGUAAGAAGAACUUGGAACCAGUAGUUACACAACAAGAAGAUGAAGGAAUUCGAAUCACGAUCAGAAAUUUCAUUGUAUUUUUGCAUCUUCUUGCGAUUCCAUCUUCUCAUCUUAAUUGUUUCAUUCACCUUUAACGUAUUGCACCAAUCAAAAAGACUUGUAACUUAUUUUCAUUUCAACAUUGAGUGAUCUAUGAUGAUGACCAUUACAAGUAUACUUUCUUGGACUUCAACUUUGAUCAACUUCUACCUUUACUCAGCAUUAAGUAUCAUCAUUACAGCCUGGUUAGGUCUUGAUUUUGGCUUGUCAAGGCUCUAUGUCAAUAUAUUGGAGAAACUAUUCCAUUUUAUCAAGAAAAAUGAAUCACUAUUUUUAAAGUCAUGUGAUAAUGUGACUAGCAAUGGGCAAAGUGAUCCAGCUGUUGAUAAAAUAAAUGGUUAUACCAAGCAUGAGAUUGAUCAAUGUUUUACAGCAGAAGUGCCUGAAUCUUGGAAUCUGUUGACACCAACAUGGAAACCCCGUGACUCAGAAGAUACAGUUUAUGAGGUAACUCGCUUGGGUAAACUUGUGUACUUUGCUGGUCUCGUUUUCAGGUUUGGUUUGAUUUUCCCAAUACGUUUGGUAAUUUUUGUCUACAAUUUGGUUCACAUUAUAUCGGCGCUAUUUGUCUUGACCUUUGUGCUUCCACCGGGUAAACUUCGUAAUGCUUAUUACCGAUUUAUGUGGAAAGUUACCUUUAGAUGUGCAACUCAAAAUUUUGGUGGUUUAUUUAGAUAUCAUGGUACAGAUUAUUGCUUUAAAGCUGGCGGCGUUGCCGUUUCAAAUCAUACUGGACCUUUGGAUAUUGUCUGUUUGGCUGACCAUGUAAGGUACAGUUUCUUGGGCCGUCAACGUAAUGGUUUACUUGGAUAUGUUUAUAAAGCCAUUGAGGUUUGUGGUGCAAAUAUUUGGUUCGAAAUGAAGGAUAAGGAAAUAAUCAAGGACCGUCUUCAGGCUAGAGCUUCUGAUCCUUCAAGUUAUCCUUUGGUUAUUUUUCCUGAAGGAACUUGUACAACAACUGAUAGAAUCUUAAGAUUUAGAAAAGGCUCCUUCGAACUGGAUUGUUCAGUUUAUCCCAUCGCAAUCAAGUAUGACUUGAGAUUCGGCAAUCCAUUUUGGAACAGCAAAACCAUUGGAUUUCUUGGUAUUUGUGUUAAAUUUUUCACUAAUUGGGCCAUUAUUGCUGAUGUUCAUUAUCUGGCUCCAGUUCAUAGAAAGGAUUCAGAGACUGCUGUUGAAUUUUCUGAGCGAGUUAGAGGAUUGAUUGCUGAUAAAAUUGGAUUGAAAAAGAUUGAUCUUGAUGGUUAUAAAGUUAAAUAUUCAGUUGAAGAGACAACAAGCAAGUUAAAACAAGAAAAGGAAUUAGUUGUAAAGGAUAAAAUUGAAAGAAAAACAUUUUCACAAAUUGCUAAUCAAUCAUUCAAUUUUGGUUCCAAUGGUGAUUUGCUUACUCGCUCAUAUUGAUUCAUCAUUUUCACCAUUUACCAUCUCAUUGUUCAACUAAUUAAAUUAUCGUCAAUUUGAAUGAACCCAAAUGGAGAUAUUUGUUUUUCCUUGUUGCUCUUCUGGUUAAAUCUGCUGAAUUUGAUAUAUUUUUUUAUACCAGCAAAAACACUCAAUGAAAAAGUCAACCCUGAAAUUGGAUCAACCUCACAUUUUACAAGAAUUUUUACAAGAUAUUUUACCAAAUUUUAUGAAACAUGAAACUGAAAUAGUCAAGUCAAAUAAUGAAUCUGUCCAGCUGUAAAUGUAAUUUAUCGUUUAUGGAAAAAAUGUACUCUUUAUCGUCUUUUCUGUGGUUAUUAAGCGUUAAAUAAAGGACAACAAAUUGUGAUACAAACUAA